AAGGCGGAAGUCUCUCACCUGAGGUAGGUUUGUCCCCAUCCCUUCGGACUACCCUUCGUUCGCUCUUUUCCAAAUCCGCAACAUCGAUUCUCACUAGUCGCUGGUGUCAAAAAUUGUAGAGAAAUCUUCCAUCGUUAUGGCGUACACACCAAAAUCGGGCUCAUAAUGCUGCAUCGGCACUUUUCGUUAUCUCUCGACGAGCGACUAAUAGAAUACCGCGGGGUAGCCACACCGUGGUCGGUCGGCAGCAAAACAAACAUUUUUGGUGGGCGUAUUGUACCGCGGAGCUGGGCCUUCUUUGAUGGCAAGCUGCACCCCACAGAAUUCCAAUUUCUGGCUCCUACAGCUCCCUCUCCGACUCCUACCACCGAGUCUCCGGAACUAGAGUUCCCCAAGGCAUUCGUGCGCGAGUUCUACGAUUUUGUGGCUCAUCGCGGACUGGAUGGUUUGUUGGGCCUGACGCUCUUUGAUGCUGUCGGUGGCUUUCCGGGGCUGCGCGAGGUGGAAAGGACGGUUGGAAGGGUCAGCGUGACAAUGCCGAUGACAGUCAACGAUGGCGACUCUGACCAGGGCAUAUCGACUGAGACAGCAUGGACGUUCGGAUGUCACGAGAGGAUGGAUGAUUCCGAGUUGAUGAAUGCGAGGGUCUGUUGGGUUUGCAUUAAAUGCAAAUAAAUUGUAGACUAGAGUUUUAGAUCUAGAAAUCCAGGCAGAUUGCAUCGAGGCGAGGAG